GGAGUUAGUUGGUUAAUGAGUAUGGUAGCCUGAGUGGGACGUUUCCAUCAAAUUCAGAAUCUAACCCAACCCAGCCACAACCAUUCACUUUUGUUCUGUUUUGCUCUGUUGUGUUCGUAAAUUGCCAGAGCUCAACUCCUUCUCCCAAGCCUGCCGGCAUCUCAAUGAUGACACAAGAAUCAUCAGAGGUGUUGGAAAAACAUGCAGGCUCGGGCUCUCAUGCGAGGGGGAAUAGUGAAUAUGUUAGACUGGUCAUACCUGAUGAAACAAGGGCGGUUGAAUCUGAAAUCUUGCUGCCUCGAGCAGAAUCAAGAUUACAGUCUUUCUGGUGGUGGACUAAAUCCUCUUUAUGGUGUGUUGUCAUUGUGUUACUUGCUUUUAUUCUUAUCAGAUGGGGAGUGCCACUCUUUUUCAAAAAGGCUGUUUACCCAUUUAUGGCAUGGGAAGCUGCUGCCUUUGGCCGUCCAGUUCUUGCUCUGGUACUUGUUGCUUCUCUGGCUUUAUUCCCAGUAUUCUUAAUCCCUUCUGGCCCCUCCAUGUGGCUGAGCGGGAUGAUUUUUGGUUAUGGCAUUGGCUUCGCUAUAAUAAUGUUUGGAACAACUGUUGGGAUGGUCCUGCCUUACUUAAUUGGGCUACCGUUCCGUGACCGCAUUCAUCGAUGGUUAAGGAGAUGGCCCCGGAAUGCUGCAAUGAUUAGGCUUGCUGGGGAGGGGAACUGGUUUCAUCAAUUUCAAGUCGUUGCACUGUUUAGGGUUUCUCCUUUUCCUUAUACUAUAUUCAAUUAUGCUGUGGUAGUCACAAAUAUGAGGUUUUGGCCCUACUUAGGUGGGUCAGUUGCUGGAAUGGUACCAGAAGCUUUCAUCUAUAUCUACAGUGGUCGGUUAUUAAAGACGUUGGCUGACGCACAGUACGGGAGGCACCACUUGACUACUGUGGAAAUCGUAUACAACAUUAUUUCUUUCUUUAGUGCAAUAGUUACCACCAUUGCUUUCACUGUUUAUGCAAAGAGAACGCUCAAUGAACUCAAAUUGACAGGGUUGAAUGAGGAAGUGACCUCUGUUUCUGAGAAGGGGUGUUUUGAGCUGGAGAAGCUUCCCCUUGAACGGCCUAAACAGCCUAGUUGGUCGAAAUUUUCGUGACUCGUUUAUUAACAAGUUGCUCUUGAAUUACAUUUAUAAAUUAUAAUAUUUUUCCCUUUUAUGUCUUUUUGAUUUUCAUAUGACAACCCCAUUUCUCCCAUAGGCCAUUUUGGGUUGUAAUAUAAUAACAAUAUUUUGAGAACAGGUUAAAGGAGAAAAUACAAAAAGGCCAACAAUGGUUUAUGUAGAGAGUUGAGAAGGGCUGAUUGAAUUGUUUUGUGCAAUACGUCUGAGUUUCAAAUUGGAACCAUGUAUAUUGCAGAUGUAAAUUUGUGACCUCUCUUGAACUAUCCUUAUGUCGUUCUGUUCCGGUGCUGACUGACUGACACUGCAUUAUAGUCUGAAUCACCAUCUUAUGCUGUCAUACAAUGUGCUAGUCGUUUAUUCAGCAGAUGCGUGUGAAACAGUGUAUCGGUGGUUUGGAACCUUGGUAUGACACUCCUGUUUUGCCACUGCCAGUAGAGAGAUUGGACAGCACGGAAGCUCAAUUGUAGAUGUUGAUGCCCCCUUCAUCAAGUUAAUGGUAAUGCCAUAUUCAUCAAUUAUAUUUCUUUUACACGCACCAAUGUAGACAUGGGGAACAUGUGUCGGUCAAUGAUUUCCACAACUCCCGCAUGAAAAAGAAAUGAUGUCCCACAGUGCUAGACUAGACAUGAGGACCAGUCCCUAGAAUAUGGCACCUGAUUCGAUGCAGUACAGGAAAGAACAUUCAGCGGCUUUGAAGUUGGAAUAUAAAAUCAGCACAGCGUUCAGUAACGAAAUGCAACUUGUCGCCGCCUCCGGUUUUGAUAUAAUGAUUUUUGUUUUAUUUGAAUUGGCAAGUGCAUGCAGGUCUAGAGGAAUUGGUCUCAACCUCAAAUCUCAUAAACACUUGUUUCGUUGUAAAUAGCAAUUUUUUAUACCAACAAUCAAUUAUUUGAGAAUGAAGGAGCAAUUUGAGUGAACACAUGUAGAACAAACGAGCUUUUGCAAAAUUGAAAAAAAAAAUAAGUCCUCAAACUUGUAAAGAAAAAAGAAAGUUGGGUAAAGUAACUACUCUAAAACAUUAGUUCAACGUGUUCCUUACAUUAUGCUCGUUUUCAAGUUUAAAGAAUUCAAGAUUUGAUACAUACAUACAUACUACGUAUAUCACAAAAAAAAAAAAAAAAA